AUGUUCUCCAAGAAGCCGCACGGGGACGUGAAGAAGUCUACCCAGAAGGUGCUGGACACCAAGAAGGACGCGCUGACCCGUCUCAAGCACCUGCGCAUCGUCAUCGAGAAUGCAGAGUCUAUAGAUCUUAAACAGUUUUUUGACCAACAUUUUUCACAUAUAUAUUAUGUGUUCUUUGAGAAUUUUGUGACUAUUGAAGCUAGUCUGAAACAGAAAGGUCACAAAUCUCAGAGGGAGGAAUUGGAUGCUAUACUUUUUAUUUUUGAGAAAAUUUUACAACUUCUUCCAGAAAGAAUUCAUCAGCGAUGGCAGUUUCAUAGUAUUGGAUUGAUUUUAAAGAAACUACUCCACACAGGAAACUCCUUGAAGAUCAGGCGGGAAGGUGUUCGUCUUUUUUUAUUAUGGUUACAAGCUCUUCAGAAUAACUGUAGCAAAGAACAACUUUGGAUGUUUUCUUGCUUAAUUCCUGGAUUUUCAGCACUACAAUCUGAACAUGGACCUCGAACUUUAGAUAAUCUCAUUAAUCCUCCACUCAACCUUCAAGAAACUCAAGUCACUAUAGAGGAAAUCACUCCUCUUGUCCCCCCACAAUCAGGAGACAAAGGACAAGAAGAUCUCACAAGCUAUUUUCUUGAAGCACUUUUAAAAUAUAUAGUAAUUCAGGUAAAAAGUUUAGAAUGGAAGAACAAAGAAAACCAAGAAAGGGGAUUUUCAUUUUUGUUUUCACAUUUUAAGAAAUAUUACUUGCCUUAUAUUUUCCCAAACAUCUGCAAGGAGAAUAGUUUAUAUCAUCCUGUACUUGAUAUCCCACAGGUGAGACCAAAGCCACAUUAUGUUAUGAUAAAGAAGGAUGCUGAAACCAAUGAAGCAAUCUAUUGUACAAAGGAGCCUUUCAUUAAGGCUCGGGUUAUUGUCAUUCGUUGGCUGGUUUCUUUCUGGCUUGAGCCAAAGCCACAUACAGGACCUCAUAUUCCUGGGAUGGAAGGUGAAGUCUUGCCAAAGAAUAUUCAGGCAUUUUUAUUACCAAUUUGUGAAGCAGCAGCUAUGAGAAAAGUGGUAAAAGUAUAUCAAGAAUGGAUCCAGCAAGAAGAAAAACCUUUGUUUAUGCAAGAGCCUGAAGAAAUUGUGAUCUCCUCUUCAGACUUACCUUGUAUUGACAAUGUCACAGACCGUGUUAUUUCAAUGGAAGAAGGAGAAAAGAGAGAAGAGGAAAAUGGGACUGAUGUUGCUGAUCAUGUUCGAAAUUCUACUUGGACAAAAAAUGGCACCUACCAAGAUGUUCUUCAUGAUGCCUCCGAAGAAGCCACAGAACAAAACAUACGAGCUGGUACCCAGGCAGUUUUGCAGGUGUUUAUUAUAAACUCAUCAAACAUAUUUCUUCUUGAACCUGCAAAUGAAAUUAAAAACCUUCUGGAUGAGCACACAGAUAUGUGUAAACGCAUUCUUAACAUUUAUCGGUUCAUGGUUGUGCAAGUAUCAAUGGACAAAAAAACUUGGGAACAGAUGCUGCUUGUGUUGCUCAGAGUCACGGAGUCUGUACUGAAGAUGCCAUCACAAGCUUUUCUACAGUUCCAGGGGAAAAAAAAUAUGACCUUGGCAGGUCGACUUGCAGGACCACUUUUCCAGACUCUUAUCGUUGCCUGGAUCAAAGCAAAUCUAAAUGUGUACAUCUCUCGAGAACUAUGGGAUGACUUACUCUCAGUAUUAUCAUCAUUGACCUAUUGGGAGGAGUUAGCCACUGAGUGGUCACUGACUAUGGAAACACUAACUAAAGUUUUAGCUAGAAAUUUAUAUAGUUUGGAUCUCAGUGAUUUACCAUUGGAUAAGCUGAGUGAACAGAAGCAAAAAAAGCACAAAGGGAAAGGAGUUGGACAUGAAUUUCAGAAAGUUUCAGUUGACAAGUCAUUUUCUAGAGGAUGGAGUCGUGAUCAGCCUGGCCAAGCCCCAAUGAGACAGAGAAGUGCAACAACUACUGGGUCCCCAGGAACUGAAAAGGCAAGGAGUAUAGUACGGCAAAAAACUGUUGCCAUGAGAAGCCGAUCCAUUGGUGAAUGUGCUCUGCCAUCGGCCUAUAUACGCAGUGCUAAAAGUGCUCCUGUUCUGAUCCAUACUUCCAAACCCUUCUUGCCUGAUAUUGUUCUCACUCCCCUUUCUGAUGAGCUUUCAGAUAUUGAUGAUGCUCAAAUACUUCCCCGCCCAACUAGAGUCAGACAUUUUUCACAAAGUGAAGACACUGGAAAUGAAGUUUUUGGUGCUUUGAAUGAGGAACAGCCAUUGCCUCGAAGUAGCAGCACUUCUGACAUCUUGGAACCAUUCACUGUUGAACGAGCCAAAGUCAAUAAAGAGGACAUGAGCCCAAAACUGCCCCCUCUUAAUAGUGAUAUUGGCAGCAGCAAUGCUAAUGUUCCUGAUCUGAUGGAUGAGUUUAUAGCAGAACGACUUCGAAGUGGUAAUGCCUCAACUAUGACAAGAAGGGGAAGUAGUCCAGGCAGUCUUGAAAUUCCCAAAGACCUCCCUGAUGUUCUAAACAAGCAAAACCAAAUGCGCCCUAUUGAUGACCCAGGUGUGCCCUCAGAAUGGACUUCUCCUGCCAGUGCAGGGAGCAGUGAUCUUAUCAGCUCAGAUAGUCAUUCGGAUUCUUUCAGCGCUUUCCAAUACGAUGGCCGAAAAUUUGACAAUUUUGGCUUUGGAGCUGAUGCUGGGAUUGCAUCCUCUGCUGAUGUGGACUCAGGUUCUGGCCAUCACCAAAGUGCUGAAGAGCAAGAAGUGGCUAGUCUAACCACACUUCAGUUGGAUUCUGAAACAAGCAGUCUUAAUCAACAAGCUUUCUCCGCUGAAGUUGCAACGGUUACUGGUUCAGAAAGUGCUUCUCCAGUCCAUUCAGCUCUGGGAUCCAGGUCACAGACGCCUUCUCCUUCCACACUGAAUAUAGAUCACAUGGAACAGAAAGAUCUGCAGCUUGAUGAGAAGCUCCACCAUUCUGUUCUUCAGACGCCAGAUGACCUAGAAAUCAGUGAAUUUCCAUCUGAAUGUUGUAGUGUGAUGGCAGGGGGUACACUCACAGGUUGGCAUGCUGAUGUUGCUACUGUAAUGUGGCGAAGAAUGCUAGGCAUUUUGGGAGAUGUCAACGCUAUUAUGGAUCCUGAAAUACAUGCCCAAGUUUUUGAUUACCUCUGUGAGCUUUGGCAAAAUCUAGCUAAGAUUAGAGAUAAUCUUGGCAUUUCAACUGAUAACCUGACCUCCCCUUCACCACCAGUUUUGAUUCCUCCACUGAGAAUUCUUACACCUUGGCUUUUCAAGGCAACCAUGUUGACUGAUAAAUAUAAACAAGGUAAAUUACACGCUUACAAACUUAUUUGUAAUACAAUGAAAAGAAGACAAGAUGUUUCUCCAAAUAGAGAUUUUCUAACACAUUUCUACAAUAUAAUGCAUUGUGGAUUACUUCAUAUUGAUCAGGAUAUUGUCAAUACAAUCAUCAAGCACUGCUCACCUCAGUUUUUUUCACUUGGUUUGCCUGGUGCCACAAUGCUUAUUAUGGAUUUUAUUGUAGCAGCUGGUAGAGUGGCUUCUUCAGCUUUUCUCAAUGCACCAAGAGUGGAAGCACAAGUUCUUCUGGGAUCCUUGGUUUGUUUUCCUAACUUAUAUUGUGAACUCCCUGCUCUCCAUCCCAACAUUCCUGAUAUUGCCAUGUCUCAGUUUACAGAUGUUAAGGAACUUAUAAUCAAAACUGUAUUAAGCUCAGCAAGAGAUGAGCCCUCUGGCCCUGCACGAUGUGUAGCACUGUGCAGUUUAGGUAUUUGGAUUUGUGAAGAACUAGUCCAUGAGUCUCAUCAUCCUCAAAUUAAGGAAGCUCUGAAUGUAAUUUGUGUUUCCUUAAAGUUUACCAAUAAAACAGUAGCCCAUGUAGCUUGUAACAUGCUUCACAUGCUGGUUCAUUAUGUACCUAGACUUCAGAUUUACCAACCUGAUUCUCCCUUGAAAAUUAUUCAAAUCCUAAUAGCCACUAUUACCCAUCUUUUGCCAAGUACAGAAGCUUCAUCUUAUGAAAUGGAUAAGAGGUUGGUUGUAUCCUUACUUCUGUGCCUCCUGGACUGGAUCAUGGCCUUACCUCUAAAGACACUGCUCCAACCAGUCCAUGCUACAGGAGCAGAAAAUGAUAAAAUAGAAAAAUCUGUCCUCAAUUGCAUUUAUAAGGUAUUACAUGGGUGUGUUUAUGGAGCUCAGUGUUUUAGCAAUCCAAGGUAUUUUCCAAUGAGCCUCUCUGACUUGGCAUCUGUAGAUUAUGACCCUUUUAUGCAUUUGGAAAGUCUGAAAGAGCCUGAACCUCUUCACUCUCCAGAUUCGGAACGAUCUUCUAAACUUCAGCCAGUGACAGAAGUGAAAACUCAGAUGCAACAAGGAUUAAUCUCUAUAGCCGCCCGCACUGUUAUUACACAUCUGGUAAAUCACUUGGGCCAUUAUCCAAUGAGUGGUGGUCCUGCUAUGUUAACAAGUCAGGUGUGUGAAAAUCAUGACAAUCAUUACAGUGAAAGUACUGAACUUUCUCCUGAACUCUUUGAGAGUCCAAAUAUCCAGUUCUUUGUGUUGAACAAUACAACCUUAGUGUCCUGUAUCCAGAUCAGAUCAGAAGAGAGUAUACCUGGAGGAGGUUUAUCAGCUGGCCUUGCAUCAGCCAAUGCAAAUGUCAGAAUCAUAGUACGUGAUCUCUCUGGAAAAUAUUCCUGGGAUUCUGCCAUCCUGUAUGGACCACCUCCUGUGAGUGGCUUGUCAGAACCUACAUCCCUCAUACUUUCAUCAUCUCGUCAAGAGAAGGCCGAAGAGCCUCCUACAUCUAAUGAAUGCUUAGAAGAUAUAACAGUAAAUGAUGGGGUUUCCCUCCAGUUUAAAAGAGGAUUUAGAGAAACUGUACCAACUUGGGAUACCAUAAGAGAUGAAGAAGAUGUUCUUGAUGAGCUUUUGCAAUAUUUAGGUAUAACUAGUCCUGAAUGCUUACAGAGAACUGGAAUUUCACUUAAUAUUCCUGCUCCACAACCUGUGUGCAUUUCUGAAAAACAGGAAAAUGAUGUUAUUAAUGCUAUCCUUAAGCAGCAUACAGAGGAAAAAGAAUUUGUUGAGAAACACUUUAAUGACUUAAACAUGAAAGCUGUGGAGCAAGAUGAACCAACACCUCAAAAGCCUCAGUCAGCAUUUUAUUAUUGCAGAUUGCUUCUUAGCAUAUUGGGAAUGAACUCCUGGGACAAAAGGAGGAGCUUUCAUCUCCUGAAGAAAAAUGAGAAACUACUGAGAGAACUUAGGAACUUGGAUUCCAGACAGUGUCGAGAGACUCACAAGAUCGCAGUGUUUUAUGUUGCUGAAGGACAAGAAGACAAACAUUCCAUUCUCACCAAUACAGGUGGAAGUCAAGCAUAUGAAGAUUUUGUAGCCGGUCUUGGUUGGGAGGUCAAUCUUACAAACCACUGUGGUUUCAUGGGAGGACUACAAAAAAACAAAAGCACUGGAUUGACCACACCGUAUUUUGCUACCUCCACAGUAGAAGUAAUAUUUCAUGUAUCAACAAGAAUGCCUUCUGAUACUGAUGACUCUUUGACCAAAAAAUUGAGACAUUUGGGAAAUGAUGAAGUACACAUUGUUUGGUCAGAGCAUACUAGAGACUACAGGAGAGGAAUUAUUCCUACAGAAUUUGGUGAUGUCCUUAUUGUCAUAUAUCCAAUGAAAAAUCACAUGUUCAGUAUCCAGAUAAUGAAAAAACCAGAGGUUCCCUUCUUUGGUCCACUUUUUGAUGGUGCUAUUGUGAAUGGAAAAGUUCUACCCAUUAUGGUUCGAGCAACAGCUAUAAAUGCAAGCCGUGCUCUAAAAUCUCUGAUUCCAUUGUAUCAAAACUUCUAUGAGGAGAGAGCACGAUACCUGCAAACAAUUGUCCAGCAUCAUUUAGAACCAACGACAUUUGAAGAUUUUGCAGCACAGGUUUUUUCUCCAGCUCCCUACCAUCAUUUACCAUCUGAUGCCGUGGGCUCCUACCCAGAGAUUCUAUCCAGUGAAACUCCCACAGCAACGCAGGUAGACGGGGCUGACCUGGCCUCUCCAAUGUCUCCUCGAACUAGCAAAAGCCGCAUGUCCAUGAAGCUGCGUCGAUCCUCUGGCUCAGCCAAUAAAUCCUAA